GUACAACUUGCUUGCAACCUCGCAACCUCAUCUCGUCCGCUUCUCCCUUGUCCUGUCUCUCCAUCUCCUCGCUCCUCGAGGUCCACUUGUCCUUUAACCCCCCUCUCUACCCCCCUUUUUCGUCCUCCCUCCUCCGUUUUACCCGCGAGCUGGUCUCAUACAGGACCGAUACGUUCUCUCCGGUGCCACUUGGUCUUUCGUUACCCCAUGAUCAUGGAGGAGCUGUUAUCGCUGGCCCUUUGAUCGACCGGCUCCCAAUGGGUUCAUUCGGCAGUUUCCUCUUUAUCUACGUCCUCGGCGGACUCACGUUCAUCCCGCUGGUCCUGUCGCUGGCACUCCUCUUCGCCUAUCUCACUCUCCCAUCCCCCUCCCCACUCUCCCAGCGAUCAUCCGAAGCCACGCAAGGCUCGCUCCACCGCUCGAACGACGACCAGUACAGCCUCAAAUCCGGCACCGAUGAGCUCGCGGAAAAGUUCCAUCGCACCCACGACUCCGAUGUGGCUGCAGGCUAUUUCGCCGUCUGCCGUGAAUAUGUGCCCGGUGGUGUCAAUGGAAAGCCUCCCGAGAGAACCACCCCGGCCGGUGAGGUGAUCGCCGCGGAGAGCCCGAGCGUCUACCAGGCCAUGUAUAGAAGCCUGUUCGACCGCAAGCAAGCACCCACCAUCGAACCCGCCAAGAACAAUCCAAAGAACGGGAAGCGCGCACGCAACGUAUUCUAUAUCGUUCUCCGGCAUGGCCACUUGAUGCUCUACGAUAACGCGAACCAGGUGGAAGUCCGAUAUGUUAUUUCGCUUGCCCAUCACGACGUGAGCAUUCAUGGUGGAGAAGGUCAGAUUCCGGAGGGAGAACUGUGGCUGAAGAGAAAUGCCAUCUGUCUGUCGCGCCGGCUGGAGUCGCUGGGGGAUCUCGGAGGGCCUACGCCGCCGUUCUUCCUCUUCUCGGAAAAUUUGUCGGACAAGGAGGACUUCUACUUCGCCAUGCUCCAGAAUCAGACCAGGAUGUGGAACUCCCCGGACAGCCCUCCCAAGCACCAGCCAUUUGAUAUCAAACACAUCGUCACGCUUGUCCAGCGGCUGCAUUCGUCUGAAGAGCAACUGCAGACACGAUGGAUCAAUGCGGUGCUGGGCAGGCUGUUUCUCGCCAUGUACCGAACGCCAGAGAUGGAAGAGGUCAUCCGGAAGAAGAUCACCAAGAAGAUUUCUCGUGUCAACAAGCCGAACUUCAUCAGCAAGAUCGGUCUCGAGAGGAUUGAUAUGGGAGAAGAAGCGCCCUUCAUCAUCAACCCCAGACUCAAGGAUCUGACGGUCGAUGGGAACUGUUGCGUGGAGACGGAUGUCCAGUAUACCGGCAACUUCCGCGUGGAAGUCUCAGCAACGGUGCGCAUCGACCUGGGACCUCGAUUCAAGGCCAGAGAGGUCGACAUCGUCUUGGCCGUGGUACUGAAGAAACUCGAAGGCCAUUUGCUCAUACGGUUCAAGCCUCCUCCGAGUAACCGGAUCUGGAUAUCAUUCGAAACAAUGCCCAACAUGGAAAUGGACAUUGAACCGAUUGUCAGCUCGAAACAGAUAACCUACGGCAUCAUCCUGCGCACCAUUGAAAGCCGGAUCCGCGAAGUGGUUGCGGAAAGUCUUGUCCUGCCGUUCUGGGACGACAUCCCCUUCCUGGACACCGAAUCGCAGCGUUUCCGAGGAGGCGUCUGGCAGCGCGAGAUCCCGAAACCGGACACCAAGGAAGAUAUUCCCGACGAGUCUGGUGCUCAAAUCCAGACCCCAGGAAGUACCAAAGACGACCCACUGGACGUGCUGAGAAUCAAAGACGAUCGCACAAUGAGCGCACCAACACUCGCCGAGCCCGGGGACAAGGACACCACUUUAAAGUCCCGCAAGACAUCCAAGACCUCCUUGGGCGAUUCGGCCAAGAAUGACGCCAGCGCGUCGUCCUCGGCCGUGGACAAGCCAGGCAGGUCGCCCCCACGGGUUAUUCGAUCUCAGACCUUCUCGCACGCCGCCGACCCGGUUCUUACAGCCGACCACGUGAAUAUCGAUCGGGUCUUGUCCGACCCCAAGGGCGAGGAAAAGAGCAGUGCCACCAGCGCCAUGAUCGAGAUAUCGAACCGCUCUCCUCCUGGCUCGCCGGAUAAAACGCCCGAGAACUCGCCGCCGACUGCCAGUCACUUGACCUCGGACAGCAUGCCUCAGAGCCGGGAUCCCUCCUUCGUCGAGUCCGUCGAAAGUUACGAUGAACCCGUCAGUGAGCUGCCUACCCGCCCGCCUUCUAUCCACCAUGGAAACGACUCGUCCAGCAACCUUAGGGGCGUGGAGAACGGCUCUACCGCAUCCUUGAAUAGCGACAAAACAAGACGGCUCAGCACGCUCGAAACUUUGACCCGAUCCAUUACGAACGGCUCGGAGGGCAAAUCCACAGGCCCCCUAUUGAACACGGCCACCUCCGUCGCUAAGAAAUGGGGAUGGAACAUGUUCGGCAGAGGCGAGUCUAGCUCCGGCCAGGAUGCGCCUCGCCCUGCAGGGACUCCAGACCAGCCGAUCGGGCGCGGCCACCCUCUCCCUCCACCCGGGACACCGUUGCCGCGCCCCGACAAGUUUGGCUAUAAGAGGAGCUCCGCCGCGAUGCCCAAGCGGAAACCUGUUGGGGUCCCUCCACCCUUGCCGGAACGGAAGCCCGAGAAGGAGAACAAGCGGCCUGUCCCCAAGCCACCUCUUCCCCGACGCAAGCCCAUGUACCACCCCGAGGACGCGGAAAAUCACCCCGAAGAGCUGCUGGUGGUGGAGGCGCCAUACGAUUCGGGACCCAACAGCCCGGUUGUGGACAUCGCACCGGACGGAGGGCUCGCGGCACCGCCGAGCACGAAGGGCAACUCACCCCUGUCCACCCCGGGCGAGCCCGAGGCCGGGGGCAGCUGGGAGGAGGAGACUCGUGACGCGUCCGACUGCGAUGCGAAGACUCCAGGUUUGCAGCCUAGACUGGAUACGGAGAAGCACGGCAUGGAGAUCCUGUCUGCCACGGACGGGAUCAUUCCCUGACGAGCGAACUGUUGCCUGGCGGAGAGCGAAACAAGACGGAUAGAAGAGGAUGACGCAUAAAGCAAGCUCUGCAGAGCGGAGCGCUGUCUGUCCGGAGCAGGCGUUUUGAUUAAGACAGGAAGGCGCGAGACAAGGCGGACGGCAUUUCUUCCUGGGCAUCCCCAUGGUAUACCCUCUCAGCUGGUUCUUGAGCGUGUGCAGCAGUCUGGCGUCAUUUGUGAUGUGGUGUCCACGCAAAAUCUAGUGGUAUGGUCUGGUCUAUUGAUUGUUUCUGUCGGCCCGGAGUAGAUAGGCAGCGUUAUUUAAUCUUUAUAUUUUUUUUCUU